UGCGACGAAAGUCCCCGAUCCCCACCCAGACCACGCAGCAGCCCCGCCGGAAGGGAGCGAGCUGCACGUUCGGGUUUUGGGCGACUUGUCACCGUCAUAAAGUGAGCGAGGAAGUGCGGAAGAGAGACGUAAGGAGAGAGGUAGCGAGGAAGUGGAGAGGGUGUGCGACACCGCCGCCUUUUUCCUCCCCACCAUCCUCAUCGUCGUCCGGCAGCACAAACAGCCUGAAGAGUCCAUUCUCCGGCGUUCACGAGCCGCCCUUCCCUUCUUUUUGGUCAACAUGUCGGUGGCUAGUGACUAUGGGAAUCCUUUGAAGAAAUUCAAACUCGUCUUUUUAGGGGAGCAGAGCGUGGGAAAGACGUCGCUGAUCACGCGCUUCAUGUACGACAGCUUCGACAGCACUUACCAGGCGACGAUCGGAAUCGACUUCCUGUCAAAAACCAUGUACCUGGAGGACCGAACGGUGAGGUUGCAACUGUGGGACACGGCGGGUCAGGAGCGCUUCAGGAGCCUCAUCCCGAGCUACAUACGUGACUCCACGGUGGCCGUGGUGGUCUACGACAUCACCAACGCAAAUUCCUUCCGGCAGACGACCAAAUGGAUUGACGACGUGCGGACAGAGAGAGGAAGUGACGUCAUCGUCAUGCUGGUGGGCAACAAAACGGACUUGGCAGAAAAGAGGCAAAUUAGCGUCAAGGAAGGUGAGCAGCAAGCUAAAGAGCUCAGCGUCAUGUUCACGGAGACCAGCGCCAAGACGGGUCACAACGUCAAACAGCUGUUCCGCCGCGUGGCCUCGGCUCUUCCCGGCAUUGAGGGCAUUCAGGAAACCGGCAAAGAAGGUAUGAUCGACAUCAAGCUGGACAAAGUACACGAGUCACCUACGGAUGAAGCGGGCUGCUCUUGCUAAUAGCCGCUAGCAUCAGUCGCAAGCGGUCAUCAUGUGCACCCCCCCCCACGCUUCUUAUGUUGAGGCUUCCUAUUGGUUACCAUCCCGACUGCUGGUCAGUGCUUCCAGAGAGGAAUAUGUCAACGCUGAAGCUGCCAAAAACAAGUUUACUCUUCUUUUAGUUUUGUCUUGAUCAAGUCAGUUUGUUUUUGUAUUUUUAUAUUCAGGUUUUAUAUUCAUGUUCGGAGCCCCUAACUUUAAGACAGACGGCAACAAUAGAGACUUUUUACAUCAUUUGGACUAUCCAUGCACGCUUCGCUUUAUGGCAGGUAACGUCAUACACACGCACACACUAACGUUGGACUUUUGUUUUGAUUCAUCAUGUUUGUGUUUCUCUGUAUAACAUUUGGGCAAUGUCACUGUUGAAACCUGGAAUUUGUCUGUAAAUAGUAUUUGUGCUGAAUACUAGAAUGUGUUUACAAUGGAAUCUCAAGAGUCCAAAUUUGACCCAAAUACGCCUUGAAAAUCUGAUGACAGUGUUUGAAUUAUGACAUUUUUUUUUUUUAAUAUCAGAUGAGCACUUUUUUUUUUCUUCAUUGUAAGACGGUUCUUUGUAUUUAUUCCUGUAUGUGAGCAUUGUGGUGAUGCUUGGGGGCAGCGAUGACGGCCGCUCUCAUCAACUUUACGGAGCAUAAUGACGAUGUCUCCAUUAAACAUGUCUUGCCAUCAUAUCUUGGACCAAUUCUCAGUCCAGAAUCCAAAUCUUGGUCCUGACUUUAGUCCAGGUCAAAUACUGUACGUACAUAGCAACAUUUCACCC